AUGUUUUUGAAGGCGGGUAAAGGGAAAAAAAUAACAACAGCGAGCGUAGAUGGGCUUGGCUGUGUCGUUAUGGAGCCCCCUUUGAGCAAGAGGAACCCGACACUGAGAUUAGCGGAUUUGGCAGCGGCUCAGCCCCAUCCUCACCAGAACAUGACAGGCUUCCCGGGGCUGGGGAACCACCACGUCCACCCCCACCACGCGGCCCACCUCCACCCCGGGGGCGGCGGCGACCCCGGUGGCGCCCUCACGCCGCUCGGACCCGAGCACAUGGCGCAGCCCGCCGCCCUCAAGCUCACGCCCGAGGCGCUCACCGCCGCCGCCUUCGCCGCGCCCGCCGCCACCACUACCACCGCCGCCGCCGCCACCGCCACCGCCGCGGCGGGCCGGGACUUUCUCCUGCGGCGGGAGCUGCCCGCCGCCGCUCCGCCGUGCACGGGGACGCUGGGCGAGCAGCACCCGCCCCGCCGGCUCCCCCACACCCUUCCGCACCCGCCACCGCACGGCGUCUUCAUCUCGGCCGCCGGCACCUACGGCGCGACCGACGGGGCGCACGCCGCCUUCCCGUCGCCCGGCGAGCAGGGCGCGCCCGCCGGCCGCCACCCGCCGCUCAACGGGCAGAUGCGUCUGGGGCUGGCGGCCGCCGGCGGGGAGCUCUACGGGCGCGCCGAGGCGCACUACGGGGCCGCCGCCGCCGCCUCCACCUCCUCGGCGUUGCAAGGCUACGGCUCCGUCAACCUCAACCUGGCGGCGGCCGGCCACGGGCACCCGCAGCGGCUGGGGCCUUCCUGUCGGUACAUGCGACAGCCCAUCAAGCAAGAGCUGAUCUGCAAGUGGAUCGACCGGGAGCCGCCUCCUCCACCUCCGCCGCCGCCACCGGGCGGUAGGAAGCCUUGCUCCAAAACUUUCAGCACGAUGCAGGAGCUGGUGAGCCAUGUCACCGUGGAGCACGUCGGUGGGCCCGAGCAGAGCAGCCACGUGUGCUACUGGGAGGAGUGUCCCCGUGAAGGCAAGCCCUUCAAAGCGAAAUACAAACUCAUCAACCACAUCCGAGUGCAUACGGGAGAGAAACCCUUCCCUUGCCCCUUCCCCGGCUGCGGGAAGGUCUUCGCUCGCUCCGAAAACCUCAAGAUCCACAAAAGGACUCAUACAGGGGAGAAGCCCUUCAAGUGCGAGUUCGACGGCUGCGAGAGGAAGUUCGCCAACAGCAGCGACCGCAAGAAGCAUUCCCACGUCCACACCUCGGACAAGCCCUACUACUGCAAGAUCCGCGGCUGCGACAAGUCCUACACCCACCCCAGCUCCCUGCGGAAGCACAUGAAGAUCCACUGCAAGUCCCCGCCGCCCUCCCCGCCGCCGGGCUCCCAGGGCUACGCGGCAGCGGGACCCCCCGACGGCCCGCUGCCCCCCGAGGCCGACCCGGCCGCCGAGCCGCCCCGCGGCCGCGCCGCCGCGCUCUCCCCGCCGGUCACCAACCUCAGCGAGUGGUACGUCUGCCAGGCCGGGGGUGCUCCCCGCCGGCCCCCGCAGCCCCUCUAGCCGUGACACCUCCCCAGCAUCCGAGGAGGAUGAGCCCCACAGGACCUCGGGAGGCAGAACUGCUCCUAGGGCCGUGCCGAGCCGUGCCAAGCUGCCGGUGG